GCGCAGACGACGAAUCGCGCGGCGCUGGAGCGGGCGCCAGGGGUGAGGGCGCAAGCAGCCCGCCCCGCUUGCAGGGGCCCCGCCAAUGAAGCGCGAGCCGGCCAAAACGCAAAAGCCGACGAAAAUGUCGCAGAUGCAGAAAAAUGGAAGAAGAUGCCGACGGCGAAAAAUGGGCCGAUGCGCAGAGAUUGACACAGUCAACAGUCAUUGCGAAGCCGCCACUUUCUUAGCGCAGCCGUACUACCUCGGCUUCGACACCAGCGCAGCGGUGUGCGUGUGUUUGCCCAUGUUGGCGCCGGUUGGCUCGC